AGCACCACACAACUUUGAAAUUUAGGGCUCUCUAGCGAGAGGGGUAGAGGCAAUGGCGUGCGCGAUCCCAUCGAUGACGAUGGCCGGAGCUUCCCGAUCCAGAAGGUGCGUCGCCAGCCCGAGCGGCAGCUGCGAAUUUUCCAAGCUGCGCCGCUCGGAUUUCGUCGGCGGCGGCGAGCUGUGCGGCGAGCUCGAGAGCAGGGCCAGCCGGGGACGCUCCGUGGCGGUGUGCAGCCUCAAGGAUCUCCGCGAUCGCAUCGACACGGUGAAGAACACGCAGAAGAUCACCGACGCCAUGAAGCUGGUGGCGGCGGCCAAGGUGCGUAGAGCCCAGGAGGCCGUGGUGAACGGCCGCCCCUUUUCCGAGGCGCUCGUCCAGGUGCUCUACAACGUCAACGAGAGAUUGCAGCUCGAGGACGUGGACACUCCUCUCACCAAAGUGAGGCCCGUGAAGAAGGUCGCGCUCGUCGUCGUCACUGGCGAUCGAGGCCUCUGCGGAGGAUUCAACAACACAGUGCUCAAGAAGGCCGAGGAGAGGAUGCGGCAGCUCAAGGACACUGUGGAGCUCACGGUGAUCAGCAUUGGAAAGAAAGGCAAUGCUUACUUCACGAGGCGGCCAUACAUCCCACUGGACAAGACGUACCAGACCGGCUCGGCUCCCACAACCUCGGAGGCCCAGGCCAUCGCCGACGAGCUCUUCGCGCUGUUCGUGAGCGAGGAGGUGGACAAGGUGGAGCUCCUCUACACCAAGUUCGUGUCGCUCAUCAAGUCGGAGCCAGUGAUCCACACGCUGCUGCCGCUCUCUCCACAGGGACAGGUCUGCGACAUCAAUGGAAACUGUGUAGACGCGGACGAGGAUGAGAUGUUCCGGCUUACCACCAAGGACGGCAAGCUCACGGUCGAGCGUGAUACGUUCAAGACGGAGGUGACUCCGUUUAGCGGAGUCAUGAUCUUCGAGCAGGAGCCCGUCCAGAUCCUCGACGCGCUGCUGCCACUCUACCUCAACAGCCAGCUCCUGCGAGCGCUGCAAGAGUCCGUGGCCAGCGAGCUCGCCUCGAGGAUGAACGCCAUGAACAACGCCAGUGAGAAUGCCUCGGAUCUCAAGAAGAGCCUGUCCAUCACUUACAACCGGCAGCGACAAGCCAAGAUCACUGGAGAGAUCCUCGAGAUCGUUGCUGGAGCUACAGCACAAGUAUAAAAGAAUUUUAGCAGCUUCAAGGAAGAACCAAGUAAGUACCUUGAUCAUCGCUUUGUCGUCCAGUGCUGGAAAUUUUUAGCCACCGGCCAGCAGCCAUUUGCGAGGAGCUAUGUAAAUUCUCAAGGAAGAAACAAACACAACUCAUCAGUCGACAAAAAAUUUCCCGUUAUUAAAUUUCAAGGCAUCGCUGUGAUAACAGUAAA